AUGUCAUCAGAAAUAGAGCCACAUAUCCUCCGGAAAUAUGAGAUACAAGCACAGUUAGGGCAGGGGGCGUAUGGCAUCGUCUGGCGCGCAAUUGACCGGCGGACGCGGCAGGUUGUAGCGUUAAAGAAGAUAUACGACGCUUUUCAAAACGCAACUGACGCGCAGCGAACCUUCCGUGAAAUAAUGUUUCUCCAGGCUCUUAGUCACCCAAACAUAAUUAAAUUGCUUCAUGUGCAUCGCGCAACGAAUGACAAGGAUAUUUACCUUGUAUUCGAGUACAUGGAGACGGAUUUGCACGUCGUAAUUCGUGCCAACAUCCUGGAGGAUAUCCAUAAGCAAUUCAUAAUUUAUCAGCUUCUGAAGACAAUGAAAUACCUUCACUCGGCGGAACUGCUGCAUCGCGACAUGAAACCGUCAAACCUGCUUGUAAACAGCGAUUGCUCAAUGAAAGUGGCAGAUUUUGGGCUAGCACGCUCCAUUCUAUCGCUUGAAAAGGAGCAAGUGGCGCGUCCCGUACUCACUGAUUACAUCAUGACACGUUGGUAUCGGCCACCUGAGGUUCUUCUCGGCUCCACUCGCUACACGAAGGGUGUUGACAUGUGGGCCAUCGGAUGCAUUCUCGCCGAGUUACUUCUGGGACGACCCAUAUUCCCAGGCCGCACCACAAUGAAACAGCUAGAACUAAUUAUCAAUGUUCUAGGUGAACCCACAGCGGAGGAGAUUCGGUCGACGAACUCCCAGUUUGCCGAAGCUAUGCUGAAGGACACGCGUCGUACGCAAACCACGACGUUCGCGGAACUGCUUCCCAAGGCCCCUCCUGAUGCCCUGGACCUCGUACAGAAGCUCAUGCGCUUUAACCCAAAUGAACGACUAACCGCUGAGCAGGCGCUUGAACACCCGUAUGUGGCGGCUUUCCACAAACCCCAAGAUGAGCCAUCUGCUCCCGCACCCAUAACUAUUUCCCUCCCAGACGAUACCCGCUUCACCAUGCAAGAGUAUCGUGAGCGGCUAUACCAAGAAAUUGCUAAUGCACGGCGCAAAGUCCGACGAGAGGUAUUGGGCUCCGGCGCGCCUACUCGUGGAACGCAUUCCUCAUUGGCCACAGGAACGGCUUCUGGAACCUCAGAGGAAAAAAAGGAAAAUGCACGUGUGUCGUCGGCGGCCACACGACCGGCGUCAUCAUCAGCUGCCCGUACCACCGCCACCGCGGGCUCAUCUUCGGGUGCCGGGUUGCACCGCACGACCGUUGCGUCACGAUCAGCGCAGCACCACACGCGACCGGCAGUACACCGACAGCCCUCUGGAGCCUCUCGUGUGUUGCACAAAUGA